AUGGCUGCACCGGUUCCCAAUCCGACUUUGGUCGACAUCAAGACCCAAUUCUUCCGUGAUUACCUCCCACAUAUCCCUCCGAAUUUCGCCACCGCAUUUCUUGAUUUAUGUGCCAACCGACCGCAUUUCGAAGAACCAGUUGCACGGGCAAUUAUGGUUAACUUCCCUCUGAGUCACUUUGGAGGCCAACGCGAAGUGGCACCUGAAAAUACAAUAAUGCCCCGGAGAAUGCGACCUCUCAACGGCUAUCUGGUCUUUCGUGCCUACAUUUCGCCGGCGCUUCCCACUGUUCCGCAAAGAGCAAAGUCAUCAUUCAUCGGAAAACUCUGGAAUGAAAGUCCUCAUCAGCCCCAAUGGAUUGUUAUGGCUUUUGCCUACACCACAUUGCGGGACAACUUUGAGCUUCCUCAGCGAUCCGUGCCCACCUUUGUGCAGGCGGUGGCAAUGAAUAUGUUUGGUUUCCCAGCUCCCAAUCAAUACAUCCGAAUGAGUGGUUGGGCCGUGGAGUCUCGACCUCUUGGAUGGGCCGUUAAACUGGGGCCUGCCAACUUCGCCGCACUGACAAUUCCUCAAGUCGCCACCGAGGAGGAUAUUGUCAAGCACUGCUUGGAUCGAGGUUUUGCUCUUUGCCCGAAGUUCAACUCCAACUGGCUUCCAGCAGCUCAAUAUUCGGCAUUGGCUAUCCAGACAAACAAUCCCCAGGAUGACCGCAGCAUCCCCGGGCCACUUCAUCAGGUGCUUGAUCAAAAUGGGUCGAUUACCUUUGACUUUACGGAGUUUUCCCUGCUUGAGAUCUUUGGGGCCGAUUUUAUCUUGUCGCUGCCUCAGCCUCAGCCUCAGACUCAGGCCCAGUCCCUUCAAAUCACCUCAGACCAUGGCACAAGGCAUUGGAGACACUACUGA